CUGGGGAGGGGGUUAGGUGUGGAAGUAGACGAGGUUCGGGUUGCGGCCGGGACGGGACACGGGCUCCCUGCCCCGACACCACAAUGGGCACCAGAUCCAGACGCUCGGAACCCCGACAGCUGGAGCAGGACCGCAAGAAGCUCGCCCUGAACACCUUCAGUAGAGUGGGGUUACUUGAUGACGAAGAUGUGAAGAUCAUGCUGAAAGGCAGCAAGUUGCGAAAAAUAAAAUCAAGUCGGUGGAAGAAAGAUCGCAGGAUGAAACUGCAGGACGAUUGUUUGUCCAUCUGGUGUGAGUCAAAAUCCAGGAAUAAGCCAUCAACCUUCUCGGUGAUGGAUAUCCGGGAGGUCCAGGAGGGACACCAGUCGGAGGUGAUGAAGAAACACGGCAGCAGCUACUCGGAGAAACGUUGCUUCACCAUCGUGUUCGCGGGCAGCCGGAGCAGCCUGGACCUGGUGGCAGCCACGGAGGAGGAGGGGAGACGGUGGGUUCAGGGGCUGAAAAAACUCCGAAAUAAAGCAGAAAAUAUGAGCCAGCGAGAAAGAAUUCACCAUUGGAUCCACAAACAUCUUCAGAAAGCUGACGAAGAUAAGGAUAACAAAAUGAGCUUUGAAGAGAUUAAAAGCCUGCUGAAGAUGAUCAACAUUGAGGCAGAUGAUGAAUAUGCUUACCAGAUCUUCAAGCAAUGUGACAGAUCGAAAACAAACAAACUGGAAGAAAGUGAGAUCGAGGACUUCUGCAAAUUCCUCAUGCAGCGGCCAGAGUUAGAGCAGAUCUUCAAUCAUUACUCAGGAGAAGACCAGAUCCUGACUGCUGAGGAGCUGAAGAAAUUCCUCAAGGAGCAAAAGGAAAUUACCACUGAUGAAAAUGCAGCGACAAUUAUACAAACAUUUGAGUUGAAUGACACAGCCAAAAAGAACCAGUUGUUGACCCAAGAUGGCUUCAUGAUGUACCUGCUGUCUCCUGAGGGGAACAUUUUUAACCCUGACCACGACCGAGUCUACCAGGACAUGAGCCAGCCUCUCAGCCACUACUUCAUCUCAACCUCCCAUAACACCUACCUGAUGGAGGACCAGCUGGGAGGACCAAGCAGUACUGAGGCAUACAUCAGAGCUCUUCUGCGGGGCUGUCGCUGUGUGGAGUUGGACUGCUGGGAGGGGCCAAAUGGAGAGCCAAUCAUCUACCACGGAUACACCCUCACCUCAAAAAUCCUCUUCAUGGACGUCAUCACAACCAUCCGGGACUACGCUUUCACGGUCUCUCCGUACCCAGUCAUCCUCUCCCUGGAGAACCACUGUGGCAAAGAGCAGCAGACGGUCAUGGCCCGGCAUUUGAAGGGAAUUCUCGGCGAUAUGCUGGUUACGGCCAUGAUCGAUGGGAAAGUCCCAAAGGAGCUUCCAUCACCCGAGGCACUCAAGGGAAAAAUCCUGAUCAAAGGGAAGAAGCUUGAUGAGUCGGGGACCACAGCCGAACGAGAGGAAGAAGCAGAAGACUGUGAAGAUGAGCAAGUAAAAAAUGGAGAGAAAAAUAGAAAGGGGGCAGUGGGGGAGAUGUCAGAGGAGCUGUCGGAUCUGGUGGUUUACUGCAAGGCUGUACAUUUCCAUGGCUUCCAGCAUGCAUGGAGUAAGAUGUGUGUCUGUGAGCUCUCGUCAUUCUCUGAGAACAAAGCAAAGAAGCUCAUCAAUGAAUCAGGGAAACCCUUCGUGCGUUACAACACCAUGCAGCUGUCCAGGAUUUACCCAACAGGCUCCCGGGUUGAUUCCUCCAACUACAACCCCCAGGAGAUGUGGAAUGCUGGAUGCCAACUAGUGGCCCUGAACUUCCAGAAAGCCGGAGUGGAGAUGGAUCUGAACAAAGGGAAGUUUCGACAGAACGGUCGGUCGGGUUACAUCCUGAAGCCCAGUUUCAUGAGGAACAGAUCUAAUCCCUUUGAUCCUGCAAAACCAAGACCUGGAGCAGGACUCAAUAAGACGCAGCUGAUCAUUGAUGUUAUUACAGCUCAGCAACUCCCUAAAGUGAAUAAGGACAAAAAGAACUCCAUCGUGGACCCUCUGGUGCGUGUGGAAGUGCAUGGUGUGCCUGAAGAUAACACCACAAAGAGGACAAGACAUGUUGAAAAUAAUGGUUUUAACCCGGUGUGGAAUGAAGCGCUCCGGUUUACAAUCAACGUUCCCGAGUUGGCAUUGAUCCGAUUCCUGGUUGAGGAUUACGACUCGUCGUCGAGCAAUGACUUCAUUGGGCAGUUCACGCUCCCAUUCACCAGCAUGAAAGAAGGUUACCGCCACAUCCACCUGCUGACCAAGGACUCCAGGCCCCUCUCACCCGCCACUCUCUUUGUUCGGGUCAGGAUUAAGCAUGUGUAAUGUGGAGCAGGCUGACAGUGAGAAGGCACAAGUGGAGGUGUUGAUGCACCCCCGUUCCCCUGCUCCGUGCUGGUGACAGCAGGUUGGGGUGCAGGGUAGGGUGCAGGGAGCCGAUGAUGUUGGCUAACUUUGCACAUUUAACAAUGCCACACCAUGACACAGAUAACACUGUAGCACAAAGCUCUGCUGCUUUCACCAGGAGCUCAGUCAGCUUCCUCUGCAUAGUUGACAGCCCCAGUCUGAUCACAGACAGCCGUGGGAGGCAGAUAUCUCUCAUCUUCAAUGAAGAUCCUGCCUAAAAGUGAACUAAAUCUAAAACCUGCUCAUUAAUCCAGGAAAAUGCACAAACGAGAGAAGUGAAACUUCUUCCCCAGGCUGGGGUCUGGGCUCUUCAACUCCUGCUGUGUUGUGGGCUCAUACAAAGGUCCCACCCCAGCUGUAUAACACUGCUAGUUAUAGCAAGUAUGGGGGUGCUUCCUCCAGAUGUACUUAUAUAUUAAAUAAGCUACAUGUUUUACAAA